GCGACCAUGACCAUCCAUGUGGAGGGGCUUGUGGCCAUCGCGGUCUUUUACCUCCUCAUCCUCUUUGUGGGUAUCUGGGCGGCAUGGAAGAACAAACACUCCGGCGAGGCCGAAGGAACCGACCGAAGCGAAACCAUCAUGGUCGGGGGCAGAGAUAUCGGAUUAUUCGUCGGAGGAUUUACCAUGACCGCAACUUGGGUCGGAGGAGGAUACAUUAACGGCACUGCUGAGAACGUUUAUCUGCCAGACUAUGGUUUGGCUUGGGCACAAGCCCCCUUUGGAUAUGCCCUCAGUCUUGUUGUCGGAGGCCUUUUUUUCGCCAAGCCCAUGCGCUCGAGAGGUUACGUAACCAUGUUAGACCCGUUCCAGCAACUGUACGGCAAACGCAUGGGCGGCCUUCUCUUCAUACCCGCGUUAAUGGGGGAGAUCUUCUGGUCUGCCGCCAUCUUGUCGGCUCUCGGCGCCACCCUCAGCGUAAUCGUGGACAUCAACAUCAAAAUGUCAGUGGUGAUCUCGGCCCUCAUUGCCAUCUUUUACACGCUGGUGGGGGGACUUUACUCGGUGGCUUACACUGACGUUGUGCAGCUCUUCUGCAUCUUUGUCGGCCUGUGGAUCAGCGUCCCUUUUGCUCUGACCAACCCAGCCGUCUCGGACAUUACGGUGACUGCAGUGAAGUACGUAUACCAGUCGCCAUGGAGAGGCAGCGUCGACAAGAGUGACACUUGGGUCUGGAUUGACAAUUUUUGCCUCCUGAUGCUUGGAGGAAUUCCUUGGCAGGUGUAUUUCCAACGAGUCCUAUCUGCUUCCUCUGCUACCUACGCACAAGUCCUCUCCUUUAUCGCCGCUUUCGGGUGCCUCGUCAUGGCUGUCCCCUCGGUUCUUAUUGGAGCUAUCGGGGCCUCCACAGACUGGAACCAAACAACAUACGGUGGCAUUUCUCCAAAAGAGAAGGAAGAGGCCGAUAUGAUCCUCCCCAUCGUUCUCCAACACCUCUGCCCACCAUUUGUGUCUUUCUUUGGCCUGGGCGCCGUGUCUGCUGCUGUCAUGUCAUCUGCCGACUCGUCCAUCCUGUCCGCGAGCUCCAUGUUUGCAAGGAAUAUCUACCAGCUGGCCUUCAGACAGUCGGCAUCGGAUCGUGAGAUUGUGUGGGUCAUGCGCAUCACCAUCUUUGUGUUCGGUGGUCUCGCAACGUUGAUGGCGCUGGUUACGGGGACAGUUUACGGACUGUGGUACCUCAGCUCAGACUUGGUUUAUGUCAUCAUCUUCCCCCAACUUCUCAGCGUGCUCUUUGUCAAAGGCACCAACACCUACGGUUCAGUGGCGGCUUACUUCUUUGGUAUGGUGCUGCGUGUAGGUGGAGGGGAACCCUACCUGCAUCUACCCCCUUUCAUUUAUUACCCCGGAUGGACCACGGAGGAGCGCAAGGACCACAUCACUGGACAAAUGGAGGAUGUUGUCGUUCAAAGGUUUCCUUUUAAGACAGCCUCUAUGCUCGCUUCCUUCUUAGGUAAUGUUGCGUUUUCCUACCUGGCCAAGUACCUGUUUGAGAGCGGCAAGCUGUCUCAUAAAUACGACAUUCUCGAUGCCGUCGUGUCCAAGCACAGUGGCGAGAUUAUGGAUAAGACGACGCUUGUGGCUCGUGGCAACAACAUCGCGCUGUCUGAGAUGGCGCCUGUCAAACCGAGGCUGAGCGUGACUUUGGCGGCCGCCUUCACGCGCCGCGACACACUGCCAACAGACACUGUGGAGGAGGAAGAGGAGGAGUCAAGCCCUGACUCCUCCCACCAUGAUGACGAAUGAAAACAUCACAUUGUCGUUUUUGGAUGACUGCAACAAAGCCGGUCCAUCUGUCAAUCGAAAAGAAGACAAUGAGCAAACAUCCUCCCGGUGGACAAUGAAGUACAACACUGAUUGGUGGUAGCUGGGAUUUCCAGAGCAAUAUGUUCUCACAAAAGUAGUUUGUAACACAUCUUCAAACGAAACUUUUAUUUGCAGCUCCAUGAGACUCACAACAUCAGUAUUAGUUUUGUGUACAUGCACCCCAUCUGCACCAGUCUUCCUUCAAUAUACCGUACUCCAAAAACAAAUGCAUAUACUAAUAUGCAUUGUUCAUCUUCUAUACCACUGGCACUGGAGUCUGCCCCGGUUGACUUUGGUCAAAGGCAGACGACACCCGGGAUUGGGUGCCGGUCAAUCAGAGGGCACAUUUAGGCAGAUGGACAUUUACACUGAGGCCAUCUCACGAAUGGGAACUUCUUCGGUGAGUCAGUAACCGCAUACUGUUAUAUUGUGAACAGUUAAUUGCAAUGA